AUGGCCGGCAGCAGAGACAAAGCCACGGACCAGAUGAAGCUGUGGAAAGAGGGUCGUGCUUCUCAGAGAGCCGACACUCUGACCACUGGAGGGGGGCACCCCAUCGGAGACAAGCUGAACAGCAUGACUGCGGGCCCUCGGGGGCCACUCCUAGUUCAGGAUGUGGUCUUCACUGAUGAGAUGGCCCACUUUGACCGAGAGAGGAUCCCCGAGCGAGUGGUGCAUGCCAAAGGAGCAGGUGCCUUUGGAUACUUCGAGGUGACCCACGACAUCACGCGCUACUGUAAGGCCAAACUGUUCGAACAUGUGGGAAAAACGACUCCUCUCGCUGUGCGCUUCUCUACUGUGGCUGGAGAGUCUGGUUCUGCAGACACGGUGAGGGAUCCUCGAGGUUUUGCUGUAAAGUUUUACACAGAGGAAGGGAACUGGGACCUGACCGGAAACAAUACUCCCAUAUUCUUCAUCCGGGACGCUAUUCUGUUCCCGUCGUUCAUCCACUCUCAGAAGAGGAACCCUCAAACCCACAUGAAAGACCCGGAUAUGGUCUGGGACUUCUGGAGCCUGAGGCCCGAGAGUCUGCACCAGGUGACAUUUCUGUUCAGUGAUCGAGGGAUCCCAGACGGAUACAGACACAUGAACGGAUACGGCUCUCACACUUUCAAACUGGUGAACGCUGAGGGAGAGCCCGUCUACUGCAAAUUCCACUUCAAGACGGACCAGGGCAUUAAGAAUCUGACGGUGGAGGAGGCCGAGCGCUUGGCUGCUUCAAACCCGGAUUACUCCAUCGGUGACUUGUACAACGCCAUCGCCGACGGAAACUUUCCCUCCUGGACAUUUUACAUCCAGGUUAUGACGUUCGAGCAGGCCGAGACUUUUCAGUUCAACCCCUUCGAUCUCACCAAGGUCUGGUCUCAUAAGGAGUUCCCGCUAAUCCCGGUGGGGAAGAUGGUGCUCAACAGAAACCCAGUGAAUUACUUUGCUGAGGUGGAGCAGUCCGCCUACGAUCCCAGCAACAUGCCUCCAGGGAUUGAGGCGAGUCCCGACAAGAUGCUGCAGGGCCGCCUCUUCUCGUACCCAGACACACAUCGCCACAGACUGGGAGCCAACUACCUACAGUUGCCGGUGAACUGUCCCUACAGAGCCCGAGUCGCCAACUACCAACGGGAUGGCCCCAUGUGCAUGUUCGACAACCAGGGUGGCGCUCCAAACUACUAUCCCAACAGCUUCAGUGCUCCAGACGUCCAGCCGCAGUGUGUGGAGUCCAAAUUCAAUGUUUCUGCGGAUGUGGGUCGAUACAACAGCUCCGAUGAUGAUAACGUGACGCAGGUCCGUACUUUCUACACCGAGGUCCUGAACGAGGAGGAGCGGCAGAGACUGUGUCGAAACAUGGCCGGGGCUUUGAAGGACGCACAACUGUUCAUCCAGAAACGAUACGUGGAGACGCUCAGAGCUGUCCAUCCAGACUACGCCAACAGAGUCCAGUCCCAUCUCAACACUUUCAACAAGGAGCCAAAAAAGACCAACACCGUUCACGUGUACAGCCGUCCUGGGGCUGUUGCUGCCUCCUCAAAGAUGUGA